AUGCGUGUUCUUCAAACACUCUUCCUACUGGGCGUCGCCUUGGUGCCCGCAACAGUCGCGGUGGUGGAUGACCCAGCCAAAGAUGCAACGCCCUACCAUGACGAGUUCACGCUUUUCCACAGCGCCAAUAUGGGCUCACCCGACAAACUAGCAAGCGGUGUUGGCUUCCAUUCCUUCCGUAUACCGGCGGUCGUUCGCACUGCUACCGGCAGAAUCCUCGCCUUUGCAGAAGGACGUCGACAUGACAAUAGAGAUUUCGGUGACAUCAAUCUCGUAUACAAGCGCACCAAGACUACCACGAAUAACGGUGCCAGUUACGCUGACUGGGAAAGCCUGCGCGAGGUAGUUGGUAGUGGCGACGGCACCUGGGGUAAUCCCACACCGGUAGUAGACGGUUCCACGAUCUACUUGUUUUUGUCCUGGAAUAAUGGCAGCUACAGCCAGAAAGGAGGCGACGAGCUACCAGAUCAAACCAUCACCAAGAAGAUUGAUAAGACAUGGUAUGGUCGUCGACAUCUAUUCCUUACAACCAGCGUCGACGACGGCGACACAUGGUCGAAACCCGAGGAUUUGACUACUACAUUGACUCCCGAAAACUGGUCUUGGGAUGCAGUUGGGCCGGGCAAUGGAAUCAAACUCGAUUCUGGGGAGCUCGUUAUUCCAGCUAUGGGCCGCAACAUUGUCGGUCGUGGCACGACGGGCAAACGGACUUGGUCAGUACAGCUUCUCACCGGUGCUGGAGCCGAAGGCACUAUUGGUCAGACGCCGGAUGGAAAGCUAUACCGCAACGACCGACCAAGCUCUGCAGGUCAUCGUAUCGUCGCAAGAGGCAGCCUCGAUGCAGGGUUCAGUUCAUUCACUUCAGAUGAAGGUUUACCCGACCCGGCAUGCGAGGGCUCCGUGUUGAAGUAUAAUUCGGACGCGCCGGCGAGAACGAUUUUCCUCAACUCGGCUUCCACUACGAGUAGACGUGCGAUGAGAGUCCGCAUUAGCUAUGACGAUGAUGCUGCCAAGUACGAUUAUGGGCGCAAACUUUCAGACGCCCCUGUCAGCUCUGCUGGGUAUGAGGGCGGAUACUCUAGCAUGACGAAGACGGCAGACUACAAGAUUGGAGCUUUGGUUGAAAGUGAUUUCUUCAACGACGGAACUGGGAAGGACUCAUAUAGAUGUAUACUUUGGCGAAGGUUCAAUUUGUCGUGGAUUUUGAACGGGCCAAACAAUUAG